CCAUCGCCUGUGAUAUCUUGUAUGCAAGUAUACUUUUCUAAUACAAACAUAUUUUUUGUUUAAACCUGUACAGAAAUGUUGGCUAGGAAAGUGGGCAAACAAUUGGGUAAACCCACUGUUUCUGUUACUGGAUGGCUGGUGACCAAGUUUCUGAAAUGGCACAACACAAUACUGGAGGAAAACGCAGUGAAACUGAUCAAUGCACAGCCAGAAGACACAAUACUGGAACUAGGUCAUGGUCCGGGCUUUGGUCUCCAGGCAGCCUCGCAGCUCUUGACGGGCCCCAAAGGGAAGCUGAUUGGGGUUGACUACUCAGAAUACAUGCAUCAGAUGGCCACUGAACGAAUGAAGGAGCAGAUAACAAAAGGAAAGGUCAUGCUGUUUUACAGUGAUUUGUUGAACAUGCCUGUAGCUGAAAACAGUGUUGAUAAGGUGUUUCACUGCAACUGUUAUUACUUUUGGCCGGAUCUGAAUGCUGGGGCGAGAGCGAUUCAUAAAGUGAUGAAACCAGGUUCUCUUAUGGUUACAACACUCAGAUUAGCUAGUCUGAAAAAAGCAUUUUCUAUGAACGUGCUCACUGGGGAUAAAUGGCGCCCUGAGGUGUACAUGGAUGUCUUGAAGUCCUCCGGGUUCACAGAUGUCCGAAUGGAAAACAUAAGAGAAAGAAACAACAAUUUUCAAGCUAUUUUUGCCAGUGCUGUAAAGUAAAGUAUAGGUCAUCAUGCCACCAUUGGAUUUGUUGUUGUAGCGUUGAGCUAUAAUGACUACAUAUUAUUUUCUCUCAAUUAGAAUACAACCAGAAAAUACAUGAAAUUUGUAUGCAGUAUUUUGUAUGAACCCACAGGCUCGGCUAAACCUAAAUGCUAUGGAAACAUCAUCAUCAAAGCUUUACUAAAAUAAUAAAGAAGGUGGUAUCUUAAAAAAACUUGUGCACAUUAUUGUUUAAGGUAUCUGUGACUUGGUGGGAAGUGAGGGUGGGGUAAGAUGUGUUGACUAUGGACUCUUUUAGUUUGACACAAUCAUACAUUCAUUUGUGUAGUGGCCUACUGUUGCCUGGGAUUGAGAGAUGCCUGUGAGAAAAGUGCAAAAGUGUUAUUACACAUCACAUUUGUAAAUGAAACUCAUUACUCCCCCAUGAAAUCAGAAUGUUUUAGCUUUUAGUAUAAAAAAGUUUUUUUUUAAAUAUGUUACUCUUAAUGUCUAUUAAUUAGGGUGCUCUCAUUAUUUACAAAAUUCACAUUUAGAAGAUUAUGGGAAGAUUGAUUACACAUUCCUCAAUGAUUCAGUUUGCCUCUUUAUUAUCGUUUAAUUUCAGUUGAUUCAAAACAUCUAGAAAUAUAGUUGAGACAUCAGCUUUAGGCUACCUCAUUCCUCCUAGUGGGCAACUUAGUUAAAGGGGCAAUUUGUAAAAUUCGCCGCUAGAGGGCGCCAGAUCAAAACAAUAACAAUGACGUAGAUUAAUGAAACUCUGAAGCAGCGUGGAAUUAUGGGAUUUGUGGUCUUUAACUCAACCGCUGAUGGCCAUAAAUCAGACGGGAACGAGAAAACAUGGUAACGGAUGAGGUAAAGUACUCAAGUUUUAUAAAUGUUCCGUUUGAUGACAUUGUUUUUUUCAUUAUGUAAGGUUUCAUGUAAUGAAAUUCGAAAUUGUUAUUCAUAGAUGUUACAGUAUUAGUCUAAUACGAUGGUGUGUUAACAGAAUUAAGAGUUCAGACCAACAAACUUACAAUUUACAAUGAUUUUUCACAUAACAUGUUUUGACACUACAAUUCUUAUUGUGAGGUUAUGCUGUAAAAUUAUCAUAGUUACACUAGUUACAUUGUAGCUGCUACGGUAAACUCUAUACAAUACUGGAUUUAGUAAAUGUCUAAAAAUUUGAAACCAUUGAAUGCUGCGUUAUGUUAUUUUGCAGUACAAUACCUCUUGAUGUGCACUAUAUUGACUCAGGAAGACGCAGUGAUUACAGUCUAAAAACUAAUCUUGUGAUCAAUAUAAUAGUAUAAGAUAUUUGAAGGGUUACGAAUCAAAACAACUCAACUGUCGCGUAAAACACAAGCAAGAUCGGCAUCUGUCUAGCUAAAUGUUACCGUGAAGCGCUCUCCAUCCGAUGUUGAUCAUCAUUCUUUCUCUCUUCUUGUUCCAAACUCUUUUUGGGUCGUUUGGUUGGCCGGUACGUUUACAGGAGCUGUCUUGUAUCCAUAAACAAGUGAGUAGCCCAAGAGACGCUAUACACGAACUAACCGCAUAUGUCCAACAUACUGUUGUCAUGUGGUUUUUACUUCAGUAAAGGCGGUAACAAAGGGUAACGUGGAUAUUAACGUCAUUGAUACGCAACUGCACUGCCCUGUGUCACUGUUUAGCAUGGCAAGUAAUCAGCUGAACAAAAUAUAAAACACUGGCAUAGUGAUUUUUGGAUAUUUUACUGCAAAUAUCUUACAAAUUGCACCUUUAAACACCCUCUCACCUAUGUAAUCUUUUUAAACUGUAUAUUAAAUAUAAAGGUGAACAACAAAAGAAUUUUGCAAUGUUAUAAUUAUCAUAUAUAAUUGUUUCUCAGUCUCUUUAAUAGAAUACAUGUGUAUGUAUUAUUAAAAACUGUCUAAUAUUGUAAACUGAUGUGUCAAGUAUUUAGGGUAAGCUCCACUUCCACUUGAGCAAUAGCAGGAAACUGCGGGAUCUCUUAAACCUAAAAUUAAAUAUUAAUUUCGAAUUCUAAAGAAAUUAAUCUUUUACUUCAUUCUGCUCAAAAACGCUCAAUAUGUAUUUAGUGCCAAGAGAGGUCACACUAAACACUGACGAUGCCUAAAGAAGACAUUUAGUCCUGAAAAUUAUUAUUUUU